AUGGAGGAAGAUGACGAUGAUCUCUAUGACCCGACGAAUGCAGUAUCGUCAGGCACAAAGCAAGUCUCUCCGACUCAGGAUUCCGAACAACAAAAGGGAGACGUAGGCAUGGCGGAAGGGGAUGAUUACGAAGAGGAAGAAGAAGAAGAGGAAGAUGAAGAUGAUUUUAAGAUUAUCACGGAAGUGCCGCCAGAGGUAGCUGCUGAGCUUGUCACACAAUAUCCGCGCCAUACCCCAUACCGCAGCGAGCCAUCAAAAUCUACAGCAGACUCCGCCAGUGCAACACCAAAAGCUGUUCCAACAUAUCCCGUUCAGAAACCUGGGACACCAACUGUGACUCCCGCUGCCUCAGCAAAACCUACAGCGCCUCUGAAACCAGGCUCCUCAUAUCCAGCUCACCACACAUCUUCGGUCGACGUAUCAGCCAACCCUAUUCAUCCCUCUACCAAUAAGCCGAUCCUUUCUACAGAUUUAGAUGCAGAUUUCCCUACGGAAGAUGAUAAGCCUUGGCGGAGGCCUGGUUCGGAUAUUAAUGAUUAUUUCAAUUAUGGGUUUGACGAAUUUACAUGGGCAAGCUAUUGUCUAAAACAGCAGAGUCUGAGAAAAGACAUCAAUGACCAAAAGACACAGAUGGAGGAUAUGCAGGCAUUCCUCAGCGGAGGGCUGCCAGGAAUGCCGGUGCCUGGUGGGCCAACCCCAUCCCUCCCGGGUUUAAUGCCCGGAGCAGUCGCUGGCGGAGGUGGAGGUGGGGGAGCAGGUGGAGGUCGGGGUACUCCUGGCCCCCCUCAGGGAGGCGCUGGGCCAGGUCCACAGAAUUCCAUGCCUGGAAUGCCUCCAGGCAUGAUGGCCCAAGGCAUGGACCCGUCUUCAAUGGAUCCAAUGACCUUCAUGCAACAUGCCCAGGCGAUGAUAGGAGGCGGCCAGCCCGGUGCUGGUACACCCCAGGUGCCUCAAACAGGGUAUGGAGGUCAGGCUACAGGUCAAGGAUUCUCCGGACAAGCUGGUGGCCAGGAACAGAUGGGAUACGGGGGUUAUGACCAGCAUGGGCCAUACGGUGCUGGUGCCAGGGGAAAAGUAGCUGUUAGGAUCUAA